AUGGAUGUUUUUCAAUUAAACAUCAAAUCCGGUGAUAAUUCACUUUUUUGGUAUGAUAAAUGGUUAGGCCCGGUUACACUUGAAGAAAAAUACCCAUCUUUGUUUGAGUUGGAAUCUAGGAAGAAAUGUUUGGUGUCUGACAGAUUUAUAGACAAUCAAUUUGAAGCUCAUUGGAAAACCAACGUGAUUGAUUACACCGAAAUUAGGUGCAUCAAUAAUCUCAAAAACGACUUAUCAAGGGUACAUUUGGAACCAGGAGAAGAUCAAUGGGCUUGUGCACUAGAUAAUGGCAGCCAGUUCACUGUUAGCUUGCUAAGGAAAAAAUUGGAACAUUUACAAUACCCUAAUCGUGUUUUACCAACUUUUAAAUGGAGUAAGGUAACUCCGAUCAAAGUCAACUGUUUUAUAUGGAGAGCAAUGCAAAGGAAGAUUCCAUCCGCAGUGGCAUUGAAAUGCAAAGGGGUUGAUAUAGAAAAUGAUAAUUGUGGCGCUUGUGUUAACAGAUUGGAAUGCUCUGAUCAUAUCCUGGUACAAUAUCCAUUCGCAUGUGAAGUCAGGAAGAUUAUUUUCAAUUGGUGUGGUUUACAACAGGCUGAGUUCUCAUCAGUUGGAGAAUUAAUCAUUUUUGCAGAAAAUUGGGGAAGCAACCCAAGAAAAGCGAUAAGAUUCCUCAACAUAUGUCAUGGCCUAAUCUGGAACCUGUGGAAACUUAGGAAUGAGCGGGUGUUCAAUGGAGUAUUUCAUACUCCCAUUUAUGGUGCAGGGGCAAUUAAGUCGAUGGUGUACUUCUGGACAAAGUACAGGGGCAAUGAAGGAAUAGGUGAUUGGGAUAAUUGGACCGCAUCUCCAUUUACACUUUAA